CGUUUGCACAAUAUUCACCAUUUAUUUGGUACUAUAAAGCCACAUUUUACAGUCAGCAUGUGUCCACAUACUUUUGACCAUAUAUCCCGGUAAAGAUUGCAGUACCUCUACCACACACUCGGUGGCGCUAUUAGGAACAGGUCCAAUACGGAAAUUCAACUCGGAAGAAACACGGAUUGCACUUCACUAGUUCCGCUGUGAAAAAAAAAAAAAAAAACAUCCAAUGCAGUCCUCCUCUGCAGCCGAUAUCUGACAUCGACCAGUGACUGCCCGUCCGGCUGAACACUGGCAUGUAAUCCGGCCGUGUUGGAGCCUAGCACAGCCUGCAUGAGCAGCAACCAGCGGGGUGUGGAUGCGCUGAUAGCCUGGUAGCGAGCUCACCUGUCCGUGUUGUGGUGGUGAUGGAGAACACCGAGGAGUCUUCGCCCCUCCGGAUCACUCCGACCGUCCGGGCGCUGAGCUCCGCACUGCGGGGGAAGCGUGACAAUGUCCCCGAUUCCAGCCGGGAAAACGGCGACAGGAUCUUCCCCGAUCCGGAGAAGCUUUGGUUCAAGGAGAGCAGCGCUAAAAAUCUGCGUAACAGGGACUUCUUGUCGCCGACCACGAUGCUUAACACGCUGUAUGCGGACGGACAGGUCCCUCCAGCAGUGAUGUCCAGGGUCCUGUCUCUCCGUGGCACUGGGGUUCUCCCUGUGGCUGGUGGGGAGGUAAUGGGUGAGGGACUGAGGGUGAGGGUGGACCGAGCAGCAGCCUUUAGGGCUGUCCUGGCAGGUGGAGCCACUGACUACCUGAUGCCCUCAAGUCAGAGGCAAGGCUGUGUGGUGCUCAACUGCCCCGCGCUGCACCCUAAACCCAGCACUCCCACUCCAGAUACACUGACUCUGGGCCAGCUGAGGACGGUUCUGUUGGCUGACCACAUGGGGGCGCUGUUGAGAAGACAGGGAUUUGCAGUGUCCUAUUGCCCCACGCUUCCUGAAGACAGCGACAUCAUCACCUUUCUCAGAGCUCUGGGCAUCGAUUGGCCGACAGCCCCAGCCAACUGGACCAACGAGAAGCGGGAGGAGAAGAUCCAGGAGGCGCUGGAGAGCUCCCCCUACAGAGAGAGGGAAACAGAAAGAGGCAGGAGGACCAGCGGCGGAGGAGGAGGAGGAGGAGGGAGGAAGGCAGAGGAGGGAGAGAACGAGGGAGCACUCAGGGUCAACCUGAAACGAGUGUUCCAGGAGGAGGGGCUGCUGGGAUACGACCCCAGCCUAGGUACCUGCACAGUACACAGAGACAGUGUUUCCCAUCUGGCGCAACUGGACCUAGCCACAGCCGACUGCUCAGUAGCCAUGGCAACAGCGUUACAUGUGACUUCCUGUCAGGAUGAGUUCCGCCAGCAGCAGAUAGCGGUGCUGUGGAGAGCCAGUGGAGCGACACACACACAGAGACAUCUGGUGUGUGGGCCUGUGAAGACUCCUGGUUCUCACCUCACUGCUGCUCAGUACCUGCAGCUGAGAAGAGGUCAGAUGAAGGAGGCCUCAGAGAUGAAGUAUGGAGAUCAAGUAGAAGGUCAGACGUGGGAUGACAUCAUCAGGGUCAUGACCUCCGCCACUGUCAGAUUUGAGCUGCUGUCUACUGUCCACACUAGUCCUGUGACACUGGACGUCCAGAGGGAAGGGGGCGUGUCCACCAAAGGGCCGAGAGGAGGAGUGUUUGUGAUGUAUAACUGUGCCAGACUGCACACUCUGUUCGACAGCUAUGAGAGAGGAGUGGAGAAGGGUCUAUACCCAGAAAUCCCUGAAGGCUCCCAGCUAGACUUCUCUGCUCUUAAAGAAGAGGGCGAGUGGCUUCUCCUGUUCAAUUACCUCAUUCCGUUCUCCGAGCUGCUGGACCAAUCAGGACAAGCGUUAGACUGUGAAGGAGGAGGAGCCAGAGUCAAUAUUAAGACUGAACAGAUCUGCAAAUUCCUCGUGUCUCUCAGUAAAGACUUCAGCUCGUACUACAACAGAGUCCACGUGCUGGGGGAGCCGUUGCCUCAUCUCUUCAACCAGAUGUUCUGUCGUCUGUAUCUGUUAAGAGCAUUGAGAGAGCUCUACCACAGUGCUCUGGACAUCCUUAACCUUCCCCCCAUCAGGCAACUAUAGCCACGACAUAGUACACUCUGCCUGUGAUCACUUUUAUCCCCUCCUCCCCACCCAUCUCACACAAACACACACUCACCUAUGUUUUGUAGCUUCAUCAUGUGCACACUUUGUUUAGCAAUGAACAAAUCGUGACCUUUCCCUCUUUUUGGCAGUGGUACAGUACAGUCUGAGGCUGUUGGUCAAUUAUGAGAUAUAGUUUUACCUGCCCACUGCUGUCAAUCAGAUGACUAUAGCUGGACAUACUGUAACUGUAAGAAUAUUUAAAGGACAUCAUUACACAUAAAUCAUGUAAUGUGAUGUCAGUAUGGUCAGUUUUUUACUUUCUGAGUCAGAGGAGAAGAUUGAAACCAAAUAUGAAGCUACUGGAAGCAAGCAGUUAGCUUAGCUUAGCAUAAAGUAAAGUAGAAGGAAACCACAAACCUGGCUCCGUCCAAAAGGUAACUAAAUUUACCUAUUGGCUAAUUGAAUUAGACAGAAUGAGGUUCACUGUUUCCCCCUGCUUCCAGUCUUUAAGCCACGCUAAGCUAACUGGCUGCUCAUAUUUACUGUACAUACAUGACAGUGGUAUCAAUCUUACUCUCUAACUACAGCAAAUAAGCAUAUUUUGCAAAAUGUCAAACUAUUGCUUUAAGUUUGGAUUAGUUGCUAAAUACGAUGUCCCUCCCAUAGUCGUACUUAGGCAUCAGAAUUUUAACAGCCACAUAAGGUCCAGUCUACAGUGUCCUUGUUUUGGAGGAUGGGAUGCUUUCUCUGUUGAAGCCCUACAUUGUAAUUUUAAAUUCUACUCUAAUCAUGUGACCAUAUGUUACACUUAUACACACACCUGAGACUUUUACUCUCAUUUUGGUGCCAAAAUCCCACCAGUAGACGCUCCAUCUAAACUGUAAUAAAAUGUUCUAAUUUAUUAUUAUCACAGUUGCCCCUUACUUAGUGUCUCCCCUCUCUGAAACACAUAAAAGUGUCUUAGUCACUGCCUGAAGAUUUUUUAACUGCUGAAGGUCACAUUUUAUGUGUUACCAACCUUGUAUUUAUCAAUGCCACACAAAUAUUUAUUGCUAGUUCAAAAAGAGAUCUGUACAGAAAAUAUAUUCUGCAUAUGAGUCUUAAAUGCUGUGUUCCUAUUAUUAUUCAGAGCCCUCUGAUUCAUCACAGUCAUCCUGCUUGAAAAAAUCCUAAUGUUCAGUAUCAAUCAACAGAUGUAACAGGUGUUAAGAAGUUAUUGACAAAAACUGUUCAUUAGCAGCAUUUAGGGCAUCGUGCCAUAACGUUAGAAAAUGCAUGAAAUGGCAUGAAAAUAAUUUAUAUAUAUAUAUAUAUAUAUAAAUAGUUUUAUGCCAAAAAUGUUGUUUAUAAAUUUUGUUAUGGGAAACAUAAUGACUUAAAAUUGAUCCUUCAGUAUAUGUGAAGUGUGUUGCCAUUUCAGUUCGGUACUGUCUCUUUAAAAUGUGCCAUAGCUUGUUUAAACUUUCUGCUUCACAUUUUUUUGUAAAUUGGUGGGUUUUUUUUAUUUUUAUGUGAAUAUCUCAUGUUGGAACAAAACAGUUAAUGUAUCAAAUAUCUUACAGACUCACUUCUCACUGCAUGAAAUGUUGUUUGACUGAUUGUUUUUAUUAAAUUUUAUUUCCUAUAGAAAAGGGAAUGGGAUGUUUACAAUAUGCUGAUUUAUUUACAGUGACUGUCUUGUUAACCACCGCUGUAAUUACCACAGUAUUAAAACCGAAGAGAUGCAGAAUGAGGGACUUCAAUUUUCUCCUUCCUUAUACUCUCUCACUGUAUCGGUACACAGCUGUAUAUAAUACAUACAGUUACAUACAUGUUCACUUUAGCCAUUGCUGUGUUUCUCUUGCUGCAGUGUUUCCAACCCUCAGGCCUCAACAUCUUGUACCUUCUUCUUCUAGCUCUCAUUCUUUUCUCCCUAACUCCCAUAUCUCCAAGAGCCCUUAUAUCUCUUUAUUCAGUACUGUAUUAUUUAAUCGCAUACAGAGCUUAAGCUUGCCCCUCAUUUCAGUGCAUCUGGUGUGAGAAGUUCAAGUACUUCCCCACCUAUUUUCUUUAUGGAGAUUUCUACAGCUACAUGUUGACUCAAACAGAGUCAAGGCAAGGGAACAGGAGCAAAACUAUGUUUAAAGGAAUAAUUAAUAACUCAUUCAAUACAACAUUGUGAUGGAUGACAUACAUUUUCUUUUUCUUGCUUUCAGUAGUUAAAAAAAAAUGACAUUCCUAUCCUGAAAAAUCUCUACAUAUAUGCACAUAUAUAAGUGUAUUCACUCCAUCUGAAUGUCAAACUCUCCUACACACAUCUGUCCGCCUACAGUUUCUGUUUGUUUCCUGUCUGCAGAAUUAAAAUAACCCUGACUGACUCUCA